AUGGCGCUGCAGCGGCUAUUGGAGUAAGCAGUGCCCGCUUCACUCCCGUAGACAGCAAGAUAUUCUGCAGUAAAGAAAAAAGCACGCAUUUCGGCAAGACAGUAUGAGGAAAACACGUCACCUUUCGGGAAAACUGCGUCUGUAAUAGCCUCGGCUCCCAUGAGUUAGCCUGCAUUCGAUUUAAGUUAUUAAGAGGAAAAAAACGGACGCUGGACGAGAGAAAUAAAUAAAUAACUGUCUCCAUUCUCGCGCUGGUCGGAGAUGCUGCUGCAUUGAUAGCGUUGGGGGAAAAAAAGAUUCUCGCACACAAGUGGGGAGGCAGAGAUUACGGAUAACAGCAGUGAUUGCUGUAGUUUAUGCCGUGCAACACAACAAGAAGGUACACCGGGGAUCGGGAGAGAAAUGCAUCGUGUUACCAACGAAAUAUUCUAAGUCCAGCGACUUUACCUUAAUUUAUUAACAUUUUCAAAUAGUUAUGUUACGUGCAAAUCAUGACAUAUAGCCGCAUUUCUGUGAAGAUCUGAACGAUUCAUGUAACUUUCACUUACAUUCGUCCAUGAAAACGACUAAAUCAGGCUUUGGCUUCUUGGGAAUUUUACCAGGAUCAUGUGGACACCGACAGAAGAAGAAAAAAUAGGAGUCGUGAUCUGUAACUUCAGAGGGUCAGUGUCUCAGGGCCUGACGCUGGAGAUUGGAGAGACAGUCCAGAUACUGGAAAAGUGUGAAGGAUGGUACAGAGGAUUUUCCACUCGGAAGCCCACAGUCAAGGGCAUCUUUCCAGCCAGCUAUGUUCACUUGAAGAAGGCGAUUGUAACCAACAGAGGGCAGUACGAGACAGUGGUGCCCCUGGAAGAUCCCAUUGUCACAGAGGUCACCUCCACGUUGCAGGAAUGGGCUGUCCUGUGGAAGCAGCUUUAUGUGAAGCACAAAGUGGACCUGUUCUACAAGCUGCGGCACGUGAUGAACGAACUCAUUGACCUGCGACGGCAGAUGCUGUCGGGCCACCUGACCCAGGACCAGAUCCGCGACGUCAAAAGACACAUAACCGUGCGGCUGGACUGGGGCAAUGAGCACCUAGGCCUGGACCUUGUACCCAGAAAGGAGUUUGAGAUGGUGGAUGCAGAUCAGAUCAGCGUCUCAGACCUCUACAAAAUGCAUCUCUCCAGUCGGCACAGCGUGCAACAAAGCUCAUCCCAGGGUGACAGUGUGCGUCAGCGCCAUGGCGAAGCAUGCCGAAUCCCUGUGCCACACCACCUGUUUGUCAGCCUGAAGAGCUUCACCUACAAUACCAUCGGCGAGGACACUGACAUCUUCUUUUCGCUCUAUGACAUGAGGGAGGGCAAGCAGAUAAGUGAGAAGUUCAUGGUGAGGCUGAACAAGAACGGAGGUCCAAAGAAUCCAGAGAAGGUUGAUCGUCUGUGCGCUCUUUUCACGGAUCUGAGCAAUAAGGACAUGAAGAGGGACCUCUAUAUUGUGUCACAUGUCAUAAGAACUGGCCGGAUGCUGCUGAACGACUCAAAAAAGGGCCCACCCCAUGUGCAGUACCGGCGUCCCUACGGCUGUGCAGUGCUGGCCAUGAGUGAUGUGCUGCAGACCAUCUCUGAGCUGAAGGAGGAGAAAGACUUCGUGCUCAAAGUCUACACAUGUAAUAAUGAAAAUGAGUGGUACCAGAUCCAUGAAAACAUCAUCCGCAAGUCCAGCACCAAAUACACAGCUCCCAGCACCAACUAUGGUCUGAUUAUUUCCCUCCAGUUGCUACGAGGGGAGAUGGAACAAAUCCGCAGGGAGAAUCCAAUGAUAUUUAACCGGGGCGUGGCCAUUACCCGCAAGCUGGGCUUCCCUGAUGUCAUCAUGCCAGAGGUGAAGAUAGUCGAGUGUGACAUUCGGAAUGACCUCUACCUGACCCUGGAGCGCGGGGACUUCGAAAGGGGGGGCAAAAGUGUGCAAAAGAACAUUGAGGUCACUGUAUAUGUUCUGUAUGCUGAUGGAGAGAUUCUCAAAGACUGCAUCAGCCUGGGAUCCGGAGAGCCCAACAUCAGCGAGCACCGCUCCUUCGUGCUCUACCACAACAACAGCCCGCGCUGGAGCGAGGUGAUCAAGCUGCCCAUCCCCAUCGAUCGUUUCCGAGGGUCCCACCUGCGCUUCGAGUUCCGCCACUGCUCCACCAAAGACAAGGGGGAGAAAAAGUUGUUUGGCUUUGCAUUCACUCCACUGAUGAGAGAGGAUGGGACCACACUGUCAGACGAGAGCCACGAGCUCUAUGUUUACAAGUGUGAUGAGAACACCACCUUCAGUAACCACGCCCUGUACCUGGGCCUGCCUUGCUGCAAAGACGACUUUAACGGCUGCCCCAACAUCCCCUCCAGCCUCAUCUUCCAGCGCAGCACCAAGGAGACCCUAUGGAUCUCCACACAGCUGUCCUCCACCAAGCUGACACAGAAUGUGGACCUGCUGGCCCUGCUGAAGUGGAAGGCCCACCCAGACCGAGUGAUGGACAUCCUGGGCAGACUGCGCCAUGUCAGCGGAGAGGAAAUUGUCAAGUUUCUACAAGAUAUCCUAGACACGUUAUUUUCUAUUCUGGAUGACAACACUGACAAAUAUGGACCACUGGUUUUCCAAUCAUUGGUGUUCAUAAUUAAUCUGCUGCGGGACAGCAAGUACUACCACUUCCGCCCUGUCAUGGACACUUACAUACAGAAGCACUUUGCUGGAGCUCUGGCCUACAAGGAGCUGAUCCGCUGUUUAAAAUGGUACAUGGACCGCUCAGCAGAGGUCGUUCGACAAGACCACAUCCAGGAGGCCAUGAGGGCUCUGGAGUACCUGUUCAAGUUCAUUGUCCAGUCCCGUAUCCUGUACUCCCGGGCCACCUGCGGGAUGGAGGAGGAUCAGUUCCGGGCCAGCAUCCAGGAGCUCUUCCAGUCAAUCCGCUUCGUACUGAGCCUGGACAGCCGCAGCUCCGAGACUCUCAUCUUCACUCAGGGCCCCCAGCCUCCUCCUGGACAGCCCAGUGGUGCGGUCAGCUGUAUGCAGCCCUGGAGCUCCAGUGCUCCUCGGCCUUCUCCUCUCUCAGCGGCGCUGCUGAACUCCUUCCCCGCCAUCUUCGACGAGCUGCUGCAGAUGUUCACGGUCCAGGAGGUGGCGGAGUUCGUGCGGGGCACCCUGGGCAGCAUGCCCAGCACGGUCCACAUCGGCCAGUCCAUGGACGUGGUCAAGCUGCAGUCCAUCGCUCGCACCGUGGACAGCAGGCUCUUUUCCUUCCCAGAGUCUCGGAGGAUACUGCUCCCAGUGGUCCUGCAUCAUAUUCACCUGCACCUGCGGCAGCAGAAGGAGCUGCUCAUCUGCUCUGGGAUCCUGAGCAGCAUCUUCUCCAUUAUCAAGACAAGCUCUCUGGAGACAUCAGUGCAGGAGGAAGUAGAGAUGAUGGUUGAAAGCCUGCUCGAUGUCCUUCUUCAGACAUUGCUCGCCAUCAUGAGCAAGUCCCAGUCUCAGGAGGCGGUAAGAGGCCAGCGCUGCCCGCAGUGCACAGCUGAGAUCACUGGAGAGUAUGUGUCCUGCCUCCUGUCUCUGCUGCGUCAAAUGUCAGACAUCCAUUUCCAGCACCUGCUGGACAACUUCCAGAGCAAAGAGGAGCUCAAGGAGUUUCUGCUGAAGAUCUUCUGCGUGUUCCGCAAUCUUAUGAAGCUGAGUAUUUUUCCCAGAGACUGGAACGUGAUGAGGCUCCUGACCAGCAACAUCAUUGUCACAACAGCUCAGUACCUGUCCCCAGCUCUGCACAAGAACUUCACAGAGGCGGACUUUGAUUUUAAGGUAUGGAACUCAUACUUCAGUCUUGCUGUUCUGUACAUCAACCAACCCAGUCUGCAGCUGGAGACCCUCACCCCAGCCAAAAGGAAGAAAGUGCUGGACAAAUAUGGUGACAUGAGAGUGAUGAUGGCCUAUGAGCUGUUCAGCAUGUGGCAGAAUCUCGGCGAAAACAAGAUCCACUUCAUCCCUGGAAUGAUUGGGCCUUUCCUGGGCGUGACGCUGGUGCCGCAGGCCGAAGUUCGCAACAUCAUGAUCCCCAUCUUCCACGACAUGAUGGACUGGGAGCAGCGCAAAAACGGCAACUUCAAACAGGUGGAGGCAGAGCUGAUUGACAAGCUGGACAGCCUGGUGUCGGAGGGGAAGGGGGAUGAGAAUUACCGCGAGCUCUUCAGCCUGCUAACCCAGCUCUUUGGGCCUUACCCCAGCCUCCUUGAGAAGAUCGAGCAGGAGACCUGGAGGGAGACGGGCAUUUCUUUUGUCACCUCUGUGACCCGCCUCAUGGAGAGGCUUCUUGACUACAGGGACUGCAUGAAGGGAGAGGAGACUGAGAACAAGAAGAUUGGCUGCACCGUCAACCUACUGAACUUCUACAAGUCAGAGAUUAAUAAAGAGGAGAUGUACAUUCGCUACAUUCACAAGCUGUGUGACAUGCACCUGCAGGCAGAGAACUACACAGAGGCGGCCUUCACACUCCUGCUGUACUGGGAGCUUCUGCACUGGGAGGAGCGCCCGCUCAGGGAGUUCCUGCACUACCCUGCCCAGAGCGAGUGGCACCGCAAGGAGGGGCUCUGCCGCAAGGUCAUCCACUACUUCAACAAGGGCAAGUGCUGGGAGUAUGGCAUUCCCCUGUGUCGGGAGCUGGCCUUUCAAUAUGAAUCACUGUAUGACUACCAAAGCCUGAGCUGGAUACGGAAAAUGGAGGCAGCCUACUACGACAACAUCAUGGAGCAGCAGCGACUGGAGCCUGAGUUUUUCAGGGUGGGAUUUUAUGGCAGGAAGUUCCCUUUUUUCCUCAGGAACAAGGAGUUUGUUUGCCGGGGACAUGACUAUGAGAGGCUUGAAGCCUUCCAGCAAAGGAUGCUGGGAGAAUUCCCACAAGCCAUUGCCAUGCAACACCCCAAUCAACCAGAUGAGGCUAUAUUACAGUGUGAUGCCCAAUACCUGCAGAUCUACGCGGUCACGCCGGUGCCAGAGAGCGCUGACGUCCUGCAGAUGGACCGUGUGCCCGACCGCAUCAAGAGCUUUUACCGCGUCAACAACGUACGCCGCUUCCGCUACGACCGCCCCUUCCACAAGGGUCCCAAGGAUAGAGAGAACGAGUUCAAGAGCCUGUGGAUCGAGAGGACCACCCUGACUCUCACUCACCCUCUGCCUGGUAUCUCUCGCUGGUUUGAGGUGGAGAAGAGAGAGCUGGUGGAGGUGAGCCCGUUGGAGAACGCCAUCUACGUGGUGGAGAAUAAGAACCAGGAGCUGCGCACCCUGAUCAGCCAGUACCAGCACAAGCAGCUCCACGGCAACAUCAACCUCCUCAGCAUGUGCCUCAAUGGGGUCAUCGACGCUGCUGUCAACGGAGGCAUUGCGCGGUACCAGGAGGCGUUCUUCGAUAAAGAGUACAUCACCAGUCACCCAGAGGACACUGAGAAGAUCACACAGCUCAAAGACCUCAUGCAGGAACAGGUUCACAUCCUGGGAGUCGGGUUAGCUGUCCACGAAAAGCUGGUGCACCCGGAAAUGCGUCCCCUGCACAAGAAGCUGAUAGAUCAGUUUCAGAUGAUGAGGAGCAGUCUGUGCCAUUGUUUCUAUGUGGCCCUGCAGGGGUUGCCCGGGCUGGACAAGCUGAGUCCAGCUUGCUCUGGAACCAGCACUCCCCGAGGAAUUCUGGCCUCACACAGCCCCAUGAGCCCAGAGAGCAUCAAACUGAUGCACAGACACAGCCCACUGAACCUGCUGGGCUCUGUCCGCCACUCCUCGUCCUCACUGUCCUCUCACACCUCCAGCGAGACGGGCAACCUGGUCAUCCUGACAGACGGCAUGGUGGUGGAGCACCCGGAGGACCUCUACCGCAUGCAGCCUAGCCCCUCCUCCUCCAGCCUGAGCUCCACCCACUCUGCCCCCUCUCAGAUGAUGAACUCCGCCCCUUCCAGUGCCAGAGUAGGCUCCCCGUCUCUGCCAGACAAAUACAGGCACAAUCGGGAGAUGCUGAUGCUUCUGCCCCCGCACCGGGAGAGGCCGAGCAGCGCCAUGUACCCGGCCAUGACGGAGAACGGACAGCCCACAAACUUCCAGCGGGCAUUGUUCCACCAGGUGAUUGGUCCUUGCAAGCCCUGCAGUGACCCCAAUCUUUCAGUGGCAGAGAAAGUCCUCACAGCUCCCAGCAGCUGGAGUCUGGACAGUGGGACAAGGGAGGCGCUGCCGUUCCUGUCUGCACAUGUGGGGAGUGUGAUGGCCCCCCCGGUCCCGCCCCGCAGCCUGCCUCCUGGGCACUUCUCGAUGCACUUUGAUGCUUUCCACCACCAGAUCAGCGACCUCCCUCCAGCUCUCCCCGCGCGCUCUUUACGGAAGUCUCCUUUACACCCCAUACCUGCCUCACCCACCAGCCCGCAGUCCGGCCUGGAUGGCAGUAACUCCACGCUGUCGGGAAGCGCCAGCAGUGGUGUAUCCUCCCUAAGCGAGAGCAACUUCGGCCAGUCCUCAGAGCCGCCUGCCCGCACCGACACCCUGGACUCCGUGCCCAGCCAGGCCUGGACCACGGAUGAGGACGUGGAGUCACCCUACCUGCCUGUCCGCUACAGCGUGUCCGAGCCCGACGUCCUCGACUCCGUCAAGCCCCCGCCGUGCCGCAGCCACUCCGCGCCGGGCGGAGUCACCCCUGUUCCCCAGGAGGGCCACCUGCACCACCACGGCCACCCGCACUACCACCACGAGCCGCCUCCAGCCCUGCCGCCAAAACCGUACCUGAGGGAGGGCUGCAUUCCUGAGGAGGACCUGCGGCCUAUGCCCAGGCCCAUGCCCAUGCCACGCAAGAUCUCUCAGCCCCUGCUCAGCAACAAGGAGGAGCAGGCCAAGGUGGCCUGGGAGCAUGGCAUCAGUGAGGAGUAGUGAGGGUAGAGUGGUGGCCGCGGCUUUCUG